UCCGACCACUGGCAAGUGCAAGGCCUUGCGCUCUGCAACCUUAUGACUGUCGAGAACUAACAGGAAACCCUAGUGAUCAACAUCGGACAUCAGGAGGGAAAUAUCCACAGGUAAACGCCACGCCACCACCGUGACGGUCAGUGCAACCGCGGCGUGAUUCUUGGUGCUCCCCUGUCCUACUGUUUGCUGCACAUCAAAAUGACAUCCCCAACCCGAUCCACCGGCGAGCUAUUAUCCCUCAACAAGGACGUCCUCGAGGAGCUCGUAUCGUUCCUAGCAUCUCCAGAUGCUCUCCGUCUCUCAAUGACAGCGCGCGGCCUGCGCUCCAUCGCGAAGCGCCGCUCGCUCGCCGACAUCAGGCUACGCUCGACGGAGCGGGCGACGCUUUUCUGCAGGUACAUGCUCGCAGACAUCCCCGAUCGCCUGCGAUGGCUGCGCCGACUGGAAAUCCACCUCGGCACCUUCUACGAGGAGCGCAUUUCGCUCGCCAUCCCGGGGCUCGUGCGCGUGCUGGCCCACGCGCCCUCGCUCAAGUCGCUCACCUUCGACGACGCGGAGGUCAUGCUUGAAUCCGGCAUCCUCGCGGCGGCCGUGCGCAUGCUCACGACGCUGGAGGAACUCAAUCUGCGCAAGUACGGGCUCCUGGCCGUGUCCACGGUCCGCCGCCUGUGCAGCGACCUGCGCAAGCUCAGCCUUACCGGGAUGCUGCCCACCCGCCGUCACGUCGUCCUCACGACGCUCUUGUGCCCGCCCAAACACUCGGAGCAUAUCACAGACGACGACCAGGCGGCAGUGCGCUGGAAGUCGAUCCGCGAGCUCGAGCUCGAGGUGGCUUGUCCGACCCAUUCGAUACCCCACCAGGCGAUCGUCGACAGCUUCCCGAACCUCAUUCAUUUCCAGUUCAACGUCACGGACGUGCAGACGAACGCCGACAUACCAGAACCCGCUCUGACCCGCGCCGGAUGGCCACAUCUAGACUGGAUGGGGGGCACGCCCUUGUCGCUGGGCGGCUUCAAAGGGCCCGUCAAGUGCCUCCGGUUGACGGAGGAACGGCCAGGCAUCCUUCAUGAACACGGAGGUGCGGUCGUGAAGGAUCUUGACCCGGUCAUGCUCUGCGUCGCGAUGCCUCCCGAGCCCGACAGCCAGGUCUGGAAACAAUUGGUCGAGCGGUCACAUCGACUGCGCUACCUGCGCAUUGAAUUGUCCAACUCUGGAGAGCAUGCGGCAGAGCUUGACGAAAUGAGGGCGUACGUGCCCGCCGCGCUAGGCGAUCUCGACAUCGUCUGCAUCGGCGUGGACAUCACAGACCUCCAAGGCGGAGUCGUCUUCUCACCUCUCGUAGAGUCACUUGCACUGCAGUUGGCACAGUGCAUCGACACCCUGCGGUACGUCUGCAUCCGGGCAGGCGCGGCCUCCGCCGACUACGAAUGGCACGGCAAGAUUACAUGGUGGAGAGUGAUUGGCUCCAACGAGGGUCGGCAGGUGAAGAACGUCACGACUGGCCUCGGCACAUACGUUGACAACUACCUCACUUCUGUCGACUUUGAGCAAACACUAUCACUCGACGAUGCGCUUCUCUUUCCUGCUAGUUAGGU